CGAAACCAAGAAUAAAACGGUGCAGAGGCAAAAAAGAGGAAAAGAGGAACGAACGUCGGUUCUCUUCUCGAUUCAACACACUUGUCCAAUUUCAUUGCGUUUGCGAUUAUUUUCUACUCAAAAGCCACUACCUAUGCAUAGUAACUUAAUUCAACAACUACUGUGAUCGCCAAACAUCGGAAAAUAACAAAAAAGCACGUCAAGAAUUGCCAAACGUUCGAAUCCCACACUCUCGAGUUCAAACAAUCGACACCGAUUAGCCACCGUGUCGAGAGUUCCAACCAAAAGCUAAGAAGGGAAGUAGAAAUUGGAAGCGGGGACAAAGAAUCCGAGUCGAGGAGUCCGUAGUUCAGAGAGAAAGAAUCAAACGCCAGCUAUGGUCAUGGAUGCGACCCAAUCGCAGCAGCCUUCGCCGCAGUCGGUAGGACGCGAGUUUGUCCGCCAGUACUACACGCUGCUGAACAAGGCGCCCAACCACUUGCACCGCUUCUAUAACCACAACUCGUCGUACAUCCAUGGAGAGUCCAAGCUGGUGGUCGGUCAGCGAGAGAUCCACAACCGGAUCCAGCAGCUGAACUUCAACGAUUGCCACGCGAAGAUCAGCCAGGUUGAUGCCCAGGCCACGCUGGGCAACGGUGUGGUGGUUCAGGUCACCGGGGAGCUAUCCAAUGAUGGCCAGCCAAUGCGGCGCUUCACCCAGACGUUCGUUCUGGCCGCCCAGUCGCCGAAGAAGUACUACGUGCACAACGACAUCUUCCGCUAUCAGGAUCUGUACAUCGAGGACGAGCAGGAUGGCGAGUCGCGAUCGGAGAACGAUGAGGAGCAUGACGUGCAGGUCGUCGGUGGCACUGUGGAUCAAGCUGUGCAGGUGGCAGGAGAUGUAGUUGCCCAGCAGCCCCAGCAACAGCAGGCUCCUCCGCAGCCGCAGGCUCAGGUCGUGGUGCCCCAGCAGGUGGCUCCUGUAGCGGCCAGUGGUGCUGCUCCACAGCAGAUCUUCUACCCAUUGCCAGCGGGUGCUGCUGCCGGACGUCCUGUAGCCGUUUUGCCGCCAGCUCCGCAGGCAGCGGCGGUCCCACUGCCCGCGCAGUUCACCGUUCCGGCGCCACAGCCCAUCCAGAAUGGUGUGGUCUCGCACGAGGAGCUGCAGCAGCAGCAGGUGUUGGUCCCACCCAGCGUGUCUCCUUUGGUGCAGCAGCAGCAGCCGACCGGCACGCCUGUGUUGCCAAUUGUCCCAGUGCCAGCCGCGGGCUUCCAGCAGUCGCCACUGGUGGCACCACAGCUCAUCCAGCAGCAGCCACCAGCACAGCUGCCCCCGCAGCAGCAGCAGCCACCUAUCCAGCAGCAGCCUGCGCAACAACAGCAACAACCGCUGGCGGAGCCCGAGGAAGUGGAGGUGCCACCAAGGCAACAGAAGCCACCCACGCCCGUUGAGGAUUUUAAGACCAUUCACGAGCAGCAGCAGCAGGAGAAGUACGAGGCCGCCAAGCAGCAGCAGAACGAGCCCAAGACGUACGCGAAUCUCUUCAAGUCCACGUCCUCCUCGCCCAGCGGCUUUGUUAACGCUGCCCUGCAGCAGCAGCAGCAACUCCAGCAGCAGCAGCAACAGCAGCAGUCCAUCAGCAGCAACACCUAUAACUCUUCCUCGGCAUCCACGGGUGGUGGUAAUGGCAGUCAGGUUAGCUACUCCACCACCGCUUCGUCCUACAACAACAGCAAUGGCAACUCGCGACUGGACAACGGUGGCCCGCUGCCGCAGCGAAACAACUCGAUCCGCAACAACAAGGGUGACUUUGAGCAGCGUCGCUCGAGCAACACGCAGCAGUUUGGUGAUAAUCAGCAGCUGUUCUUGGGCAAUAUACCGCACCACGCCAGCGAGGAUGAUCUGCGCGAAAUUUUCUCACGUUUCGGAAACGUCCUGGAGCUGCGCAUCUUGUCCAAGGCUGGCAACAAGGUGCCACCAGGCAUGCGCAGUCCGCUGAACUAUGGAUUUAUUACCUACGACGAUCCUGAGGCGGUGCAAAAGUGCCUGGCCAACUGCCCCCUGUACUUCCCGGAGAACUCUCCCGAUGGCCAGAAGUUGAAUGUGGAGGAGAAGAAGCCGCGUGUCCGCAACGACAUGGUGCCGCGUCAGCCGAUCGGUGGCAACAACCUGAACAACAACAUGGGCCGUUUGGGCGGUAACAACGGUCCGCAGUCGCGUCCGAUGGGCAACAACAAUGGCAGCGGUGGUGGCAUGAUGCGUAACAAUGCCGGAGGCAACAAUCUGCGCCAGGGGGGCGGCGGCGGCGGAGGAAACGGUGCUCCACGCCUGGGAGGCGGCGGUGGAUUUGGACAGCGCCAGGAUAACCGCACAAGCGUCGGCAACAACCAGUCUAACGGACCGCUGCGCGGUGCCGGAAAUGGACAGACUGGAGGUGGCAACUACGGACGUCGCUAAGAAAAUUCCAAAGCACGACAUCAGCAAAAGCAUCAACAAAUGAGCAGCAGCAGUAGCGACUACAGCAACAACAAAAACAGCAGCAGUAGCGACUACAACAACAAAAACAGCAGCAGCAACGACUACAACAACAAAAACAGCAGCAGCAACAACCCAACGUUAAAAAACAUCGACUUCUUCCACAAUGCAAUCAAUCAAUUACAUUCAAGAACAUCUCAUGCAAUUAAACACACAAAGACACACAAUCACGCAAAUCACACUAACAUAAAGUAGUUCGAGCAACAGAAACCGUCAACUGUCCUUUAAAUGUUCCUGAGCGCAACUCGGGGCGUCGAGCUACAAAAAAAAAGAAUGAAAAAUAUAAUGAAAAGAUCUUGAGUCUUUUCUUAGUUUAAUUGCGUUAGGCUCGCUUUUUCCAGCCAGUUCGUGCCAAAAUAAACCGAAAUUCUGUGCAAAUCUUCGUUGUGAAUCCAAAAACAAAAAGAAUGAAAGCUUCAGCUCGGCAACUGCUACUCCCUACCACCCACCACCCCUCACGGAAUCAAUUUCACCUUGAAACACGUGUAUUAUUUUUUAGUCUCAACCAUGCACACCACCCACAACACACUCAUCGAAAACACUAGAUCGCACACAAACAAACAAACAAACGCAAGAUACACUCACUCACCCAUUUUAGCAUAAAUGUAAACUUUAGUUUCAGCUUCUGUUUGGCAAAUAACCUUCAACUAAAUCUAUCUUAUCUUAAGUACGCAAGAUGAGAGAAAUUUGUUUCAAAAGAAGGAAAGAAGCAAUGCAACACAUUUUUGUUUGUUUUUUCAUUGAAUAACCCCAUUACUUAAGCUAAAAAGAAGAGGAAAUUAAAAGAAAAAACUUACGAACUUAGCUAAAAAGAUAUAAACUGAAAAAAAAAAAACAAACAAAAAAAUGAAAAACCUUUGUAAAAUGCAAUAAAAAAGAGCAAAAGAAAGACUUGAAAAAAAUUAAUUUAAAAACUAAAAAAAAAUGGAAUGUAAACCCAAGAAAAAUGUAAGGCGCGAUAAAGCACACAAGAACACAAACCUCUUAAAAAACAUUGAAAAUAAAGGAAAAUCAAUUCAGCACCAAGCCGCAAGAAGGAAAAGCGAGGAAAAACACAAACACACAUCAACGUCGACGUUUUGCGCCCCAGAAAGUCCGCGGCAUUUUAGAGCCUGUAAACCUUUUGCUACUUAAAUCUAAUUUGCAGACACUGACACAUUUAACUAGCUAGUCUAUAUAAGUAUCGUAUCGGUUCAGUUCGGAUCGGAUCGGUUCGGUUCGGUUGAUAUCGAAUGAUUGUUGAGAUGAGAGCGUGUGAGGGCAAAUGCGGUGCCGGCGCCGCAGGCGGGGGCGUGGUCGAUGCAAUCGAUGAUGAGGAACGGAUGGACAGACGGACAGUGUUUUCGCUUUUUUUAUUCGUUCUGAGUAAUGAGUUCAAGGUCGUAAACCAAACUAAGUCAAGCAACUUCAAACGAUUUGGUGUUUCCAACGCAGUUGUGAACUAAAACUUAGUACAUAUUUUUUAAAUAAAAUCAAGAAAAGCCCAAAAAAAAAAGAACACGAAAUGGGAAGAUGAGAAGCAUAUAAACACACAAAAACCUAUUAUAAUAAAAAGUUGGGGGACGAAACACAAGCUACUAACAUUUUUCUCAAGGUAAAACAAGCAAAACAUGUAACAACAAAUAUAUACAAAAAUAUAUAUAUAAACAAAACUCAUAUAAUUUAAUGUUAACUUUUAGACUUACCAGAAAUCUAAAUAUACAUAAAUAUAUAUAUAUUUAUAUAACUGCUGCUGCAAAAGAAAAAUAAAGCAGCAAAGCGAAGAGAAAAACUGAAAACAUUUAAAUUCGUGUGAGCAACAUUUGAGUUUUGUCGCAGGCGUCCAAAUAUAAUUGCCUAAGUUAUUCUUGUUUUGUUAAAGCUAAAGGACUUUUGAUUCGUUGGAAACAUAUCAUUUGUUUUUGUUGUUUGACGCCUGCCCUAGAGAAUCAAUUGCUAAAUUAAUUACAAUCAAUCAAUUUCUAAUGCAAGCACACACAUUACACCACGCAUUUCUAGCACUGUGAACAGGGUCUAAAGCAAUUUUAGUGCAUUUUUUGUAAAACGAAAGUGUUAGUGUUCAAAUCUUAGCUCAACGAUCAGUGCUGAAAGUGCACCGUGGACACCGACAACACCAUAAGAAAACCCAUAAAAACAGCAUCAAACAAUACAAUACAAAUCAGAGGUACUAACUAAAUCUAUAUAAGAGUAAAAUAAUAACAAACAAUUAGAGUUCAUGCUCAUUUAUAAGUAAACCGAUGAAAUCACAAUACUGCAGUUUGUAAAGAGUAUAGAAACCAGGAGGGAAACACUUAAUUAUAAUUUAAUUUAUAUGUAUACAACUACAAAAUAACUAUAAUAAUAAAAACAACCACAAAGAUUCAGCGUGUUUACCAGAAAA